AUGAGAUUGAUAACCUUUCCAGGUCAGGGGACCCCAAUAUCGGUUCCUAUCCUAAAAUCAAUAAUCGGAGCUAAAUCAAAAGAAUUUGGGAAAAUAUUAAGUCGAAAUGGUCCAAAGACAAAUGAUCUUCUCCAAUUUAUAUAUAGACAUCCUUCAAGUCCCGGUAGUAUAGCAGUUUGUUCAAAUUUAUUUUAUCAAUUAUAUGAUAUACAAUUAAAUGAAGCUUACAAAGAUUUACAAUAUACUAAUGAAAUGAAAAAAUCUAAUCAAGAUUUAAUAUUAUUAGGUCAUUCAUUGGGCGAACUAACAUGUUUAAGUAUCAAUCAACUAUUUUCCAUUAGAGAUCUUUUCAAUAUUGCAAAUUAUCGUAAUGAAUUAAUGGUUAAAUAUACAGAAAAAUAUCUUGUUGCACAUAAGAUGAAUCAUUCUACAAAAUUCGAAAUGUGGGCGUUAUCAUCUCCAAGAGCAGAUGAUUUACCACAACAAGUUUUAUCCUUAAUAAAUAACAUAAGGAGUACAGCACCAACAAUCUAUAUUGCUAAUGUUAAUUCCAUAAAACAAUGUGUUGUAACAGGUUUAGUGGAGGAUCUUGAAAAAUUGAGAAUAGAAUCACAAACUAAAUUUCCACGACUGCGUGUGACAGAAUUAACUAAUCCAAAUAAUGUUGCAUUUCAUAAUAGUACUGUAUUGAGACCCAUUCAAGAACCCUUAUAUGAUUAUAUUUGGGAUAUAUUAAAAUUAAAUCAAAAUCAUACCGCUACGAAAUUAGAUUAUCCAAUUAUUGGGAACUUAGAUGGUAGAAUAUCCACUUUUGUUCAUCAUGCAAUUGAAAGAUUUGUCAGAUGUAGUAGUAGUACAGUGAAAUUCACAGAAUGUUAUGAUACAAUUAACGAAGUUUUAGAGAUUAAGGAUGGGGCAGUUAAUAUGGGACCCAGUAAUGUAAUUCAUAAUUUGAUUAAGAGGAAUUGUACUUUAGAUUGUUCUGAAUUUUCUUCUUUAGAAACUGUAAAUAAAUUCCAAGAGACGGAACUUCAAAGGUUAAAAGGAAUUAAGGAUACACUGGCCAAGGAAAGCGCUGAUAAUCAAAUAUGA